GCUUCCUUCCUCAAAUUUCGCAUUCACUGACUCAACAGUUUCUCCCAAGCUGCUACCAGCUUCUUCACCAAGUCUCUGUUUUCACCUGUAAGAGAUUCCACAGUUCAUUCUUUGAAAAUGCCCACUUGCUACAGAGUUGCCUUAUUCUGCUUUUUAGUUACAAUACCCAUCAGCUGUGCUCAGCCAAUGAACAUAACAACAAUAUCUAUGAUUUCAACAAUGAAUACAACUAUGGAUGUCUGGAUGAAAUAUUCUACUGAUACAGUAGAUAUGUCAUCCUUCGACAUUAGCAAACCUAAGACAACCAUCAGUGCAAUAAACCAACAACUAAAAGCAACCUCACCCGGAACAACAGAAGAGACAAAUUUAAUUGCAAUAACAACUGGGAGCACUCACCUUACCACAACAGGGCAUCAAACGACUAUAGACUCAAACUCAGCUAUUUCUGUGAAUACAACCAAUACAACAGUGUUGACAACUCAAGCAACAACCAAGGAUAGCCCAGUAACAACCACUGAGACGCCAUCUACAGAAGUGCACAGCAAUCAGUCAACCACUGUAUCAGCUUUCACAAACAGCUCCUUUCACAGCUCUGCUAUGUCUUUGACAACUUCAAACAACUUUUCAAGCACAACAGAAAACAGUACAUCAAACUCUACUGUGACACUAACUACUUUAGAAAGAAAUCACACUUUUUUGACAACAAUUACUUCAAAAGGAAAUCACACCAACUUCACAAUGACUACAGUAAGUAGUAGUCACACAGAAUUGACACCCACUACCUCAAGGGGAAAUUACAGCACUUUAACAACUACAUCUUCAGGAGGGAAAGACACCACCACAGCUUAUAACUCAACAAUAAGCUCUUCAAGUACAUCCAAGACCACAGUUUUUAUAACAACCUCCAAUGUCUCACUUUCUGACAAAGGUGAUGGUCAAGAUGUUCAAGGAAAGCCCCAAAAUGGCAAUAAAAGUGUGGUCAUUGGUGCUAUUAUUGGUGUAGUUCUAGCAACAUUAUUGGUUAUGCUUGGUGCCUUCUAUUUAUGUAAAAAGGCAAAGCCUGAUUCAUUCAACCAUCGUCGCCUCUAUGAAGACAUCUCUGAUGAUCCAGUGCUCAGACUGGAUAAUUCGCCUGAUGCCUUGGACUUGAGAUAUGAUGGUUCAGCCUACUACAACCCAACUGUUACAACUGACUCAAUCAAAAUGGACAACAUCGGCCCACAAUGGCCUUCUGCAUAACCGAUAUAAGCUUAUCAAGAGUCAUGGACAGCAAAAGCUAUCUGAAGCUGGCUAUCUGCAAUAGUAACAUGUGAUGUAUGCUGCCUUUAAGUUACUUUGUGCCAAAACAUUGCCAAUGCCAGGAUGUCCAUUUCCCGAACACUCUUCAGUCCAGAGCUGGUAGCAGAAAUAUAUGUUCCUUUACCCACAGAAAAUGCAAACUCCUAAAGAAACAAUAAGACUCUGAAACACAGAAGAGCAGGAAAGGUGAUCCUGGUCUAAUGUGGAUCAGUUAGUAUGGUCUUGACUGAGACUUGUGCUGAAUACUAAGUGAAUUCCUUGACAAUCUUUCUGUAGAGCUUGAAGACACGGCUAUUGAACCUAGCUCAUAUAUUCAAAUUUUAUAAUCUGAAAUCCAAACCAGUGUUUAGGCUACAAAUAUAAAUCGAUUUUUGGUUAAAAAAUAAUUCUGUAGAAUUUUAACAGAAACAAGCUAUGUAAAUGUUGUACAAAUGUUCAUGGCAAUGUAGAAUUUUAAGUAAAUAAAUUUUGUAACUAAUAGGCUUCUCUUUUCACACAAUUAUCCUCUUGUUGCUAUUACAGCAAUACAUUUAAAUACUAUUUUUCACAUUUCGGUACCAUCUUUACCUGAUGGUUGCUAAAGAGUGAAAACAUUUUUUAUGUAAAAAAGUAUGAAGGAUAAUUCACUAGGAUUUACAUAAUUUAACAUAUAAUUUACCAAGCUGCUUAGACAAAUACCAGCAUGUAUAUCAUAUUUAGUUUCAGUUUUGUUUUUGACAUUAGUGAAAUAAGGUUUGACAUGUCAUAUAGGUGCUUUUAAACAGAAAGAGAAAAAAUACUGAAAGAAAACAAACAAAACAUGUACACUCACGUGCAUUCAUUAAAGCACAAUUUUAGAGCUACCCAAACCCAAGCUACCUCCAUAAACACAGAGACACAGAGUGAGAAUGUGCAAGUUCCACAAAGUUAGCAUGAUGGAAAAGUAUAUAACAUGCUGUUUUUUUUUUUUAUUUGGAGAGAUGCUGUGACGCAGUAGCACUAAUCACUGCACUACCUGCUAUGAAUAGAUUAAAUUAACAAUGCACAUAGUAGUCAAAAAAUGAUUUUAUUGAGCAAUUGUAAAUAAGGCUGAAUAUAAACAAAUACUAUACUAGACAACAGCUUUAAAAUAGAUUGGGUUUUAGAGAUUGUUUGUUACAAAGGUUCAGGACAGAAUGUGGCAGAAAAUACAAAGUCAACUAAAUUUAGUUUAUUUUUGUAUAGAGCUCUUCACUGAGUGCAGGCUUAGAGCACUAUAACAAUUUCACGUGUAAAAUGCAUUUAUCACUUUACAAGUUACCAAUUACAUAAUGCAUACACAUAAAGAUACAGAUUAGUUUACACACACAGUCAAACAAGGCAGUUCCAACCUGAUUAAAAUGCAUGGAACGUACCAAUAUCCGACCAUUAAUUAAUUGAACUAUGUAACACAUAGGAGAGUAAAACAAAAAUUAAAGUCGGCAGCAUCCUGGAGAAAAUAAACCUCUGGAGGGUCCAUUUUCAGUUACAACAGACAAAGUCAGAAGAAAAACUCAGGCAUGUUCACAGUCCUGGAGACCUUAGCCAACUGGCCAGUCACCCCUUCCUGGAAAUUCUACAGUAUAUUUAUGCUAGGCCCUCUAAUAUUACAAAAAUAUAACAAAACCAUAACGAAUGCUAAAGAAUUAUAGACUACAUUUCUUUGGAAUACUAAAUCCAGUCUCAAACAAUAGCACCUGACAUACUGCAUCUACUUUAUCAUAAAAUGUUUUUCUUGCCCAGAGUACAAUGACAAAACUAGCCUGUUUCACUAUUUUAGGCACUGUUGAAAGUAAUUGCAAAAUACAAGGCACUAAAUCUCUGCAUAUAUUCAACCAAUAAUUGCCUGAUAUAGAUUUAAGUUUACAUACAUUAGCCUUCUUAGAAAACAUGGCAUUGACCACAUUUACAAAUAUGUAAGUCCUCUCCCUUGUGCCUCUUCAAACACUGAAUUGAACUUUAGGUCCCUUCUCAAAGCUGGUGCAAUGAUAAUUAGUAAACACUGUAAUUGAUAUCUAAAACAUUUAUACUAUUCAUUAAUAAUAUACAAAUCCUAAUUCAUGUAUUAGGAUUACUUUGCUAGAUAACAGAAAAUAUGGAUUGUUUUAACAUAUUUUAAUGACAAACAAUACUAUUUCCUUCAUUUUAAUGUUAGCUGAGCAUUUCACACAAAGCCUUCCAAUAAGUCAGUUUUCCAUUUUAGAAAACUAUGAAAAUAUCAUUGAACAAAAGUGGUAUGUAACUCACACAGCAACUAUGAUAUUCUUCUUGAAACUGAAGAGUAAGUCAAGCUCAUAGUUAAAGAUGAAAUCU